GCGCCGGCUGGUUGGGAAGCAUCCUUGGAGCCGGCCGCCCGGGUCCCGCGCCGGUCAGCAAGCCCCACGCCAUGAACCGGAGCAGCCCCUCGUCCCAGCUCCGGGUGCUGCCGCUGCUGCUACUGCUGUUGUUGCCCCAGCUCCCGGUCCUGCCCGCCGCUCCUGGAGCGCCCGCGCCGGUGAAUCCCUGCUGUUACUUUCCAUGUCAGCACCAGGGUGUCUGCGUCCGCAUUGCCCUUGACCGUUACCAGUGUGACUGUACCCGCACGGGCUAUUCUGGCCCCAACUGCACCAUCCCUGAGCUCUGGACCUGGCUGCGGAGUUCCUUGCGGCCCAGCCCCACAUUCAUCCAUUUCCUGCUCACGCACGUGCGUUGGUUCUGGGAGUUUGUCAAUGCCACCUUCAUCCGGGACGUGCUCAUGCGUCUGGUGCUCACAGUGCGGUCCAACCUGAUUCCCAGCCCACCUACCUACAAUUUAGCAUAUGACUAUAUCAGCUGGGAGGCCUUCUCCAAUGUGAGCUAUUACACCCGCAUCCUGCCCUCGGUGCCCAAGGACUGCCCCACGCCCAUGGGAACUAGAGGCAAGAAGCAACUGCCAGAUCCACAGGUCCUGGGCCGCCGCUUCCUGCUCAGGAGGAAGUUCAUCCCUGACCCCCAAGGCACCAACCUCAUGUUUGCCUUUUUUGCACAACACUUCACCCAUCAGUUCUUCAAAACUUCUGGCAAAAUGGGUCCAGGUUUCACCAAAGCCCUGGGCCAUGGGGUGGACCUUGGCCACAUUUAUGGGGACAAUCUAGAACGCCAGUAUCAUCUGCGUCUCUUUAAGGAUGGGAAACUCAAGUACCAGGUGCUAGAUGGAGAGGUGUACCCGCCGUCGGUGGAAGACGUGCCUGUGUUGAUGCACUACCCCAAGGGUGUCCCGGCCCGAAGCCAGAUGGCUGUGGGCCAGGAGGUGUUUGGGCUGCUGCCGGGACUCAUGCUUUACGCUACAAUCUGGCUGCGUGAACACAACCGUGUGUGUGACCUGCUGAAGGCCGAGCACCCGACCUGGGAUGAUGAACAGCUCUUCCAGACCACCCGCCUCAUCCUCAUAGGGGAGACCAUCAAGAUUGUCAUCGAGGAGUACGUGCAGCAGCUGAGUGGCUACUUCUUCCAGCUCAAGUUCGACCCUGAGAUGCUUUUCAGCGUCCAGUUCCAGUACCGCAAUCGCAUCGCCAUGGAGUUCAACCAGCUCUAUCACUGGCAUCCGCUCAUGCCCGACUCCUUCAAGGUGGGGUCACAGGAGUACAGCUACGAGCAGUUCCUGUUCAACACCUCCAUGCUGGUGGACUACGGCGUCGAGGCUCUGGUGGACUCCUUCUCACGCCAGAAUGCUGGCCGGAUUGGCGGUGGCCGGAACAUAGACCACCAUGUCCUGCAUGUGGCCGUAGAGGUCAUCAAAGAAUCGCGAGAGUUGCGGCUGCAGCCCUUCAAUGAAUACCGCAAGAGGUUUGGCAUGAAGCCUUACACUUCCUUCCAGGAGCUCACGGGAGAGACUGAGAUGGCUGCGGAGCUGGAAGAGUUAUAUGGGGACAUCGAUGCCUUGGAAUUCUACCCAGGGUUGCUUCUUGAGAAGUGCCAACCGAACUCCAUCUUUGGGGAGAGCAUGAUCGAGAUUGGGGCACCCUUUUCCCUCAAGGGUCUCUUAGGGAACCCCAUCUGUUCUCCAGAGUACUGGAAGCCAAGCACAUUUGGUGGUGAGGUGGGCUUCAACCUCGUCAAGACAGCCACACUGAAAAAGCUGGUUUGCCUCAAUACCAAGACCUGUCCCUACGUCUCCUUCCGUGUGCCUAGCUCCAGCCAGGAUGAUGAGCCCACUGUGGAGCGACCAUCCACAGAACUCUGAAGGGCAGGGGUGGCAGCAUGCUAAAGGGGAGAGCUUGUUCUUGUCACUCUGGAAGGAUGAGGCCAGGCUUGCGACAGCCCUUACAUGUUGGUUUUUUGAUCUGGCACUGUGUGUGUUGGGGUUGACAUUUGGGACUUGGCGGCUCACUUGUUACUGGAAUGUUGUUAUUUUGUUCUAGAAUGCUGAAUUUCUGGUUCACUCAUCAGAAUGUUUGGGGUGGUUCUCAUUUGGCCUCUCAGAAUGCUGGAUCCUCGUUGACAUCUUGGAAUGCCAUUGGGGGUUCUAGAAUACGGAACUCUAGAAAGUUGGGUUAUUUUUGCCCUCCUGAAUCUGGUGGCCCUCCAGAAUGUUUCCUCUUGGCAAUUCAGAAUGUUGCAUUCCUGAGUGCUGAUCCAGAACAGAGGGGGCUGAGCCGGGUCAGAACUGGCCUGAUUAUCUAGAGGUCGAUUUGACUUAUUCUGCUAUUCCAUAAACUAGCCACAGGACAGAAGAACUUAUUGCCCAACAAGAGUGCACUGCCUGAAUCUGCCUGCACUGAGGGGUGGUUUUGUCACUUAGACACUGGUCCAAGGAGGUAGAGAGGAAAGGUGAGUGUUUUCCCGCACUCACAGUUGGAAGCCACUAGAGCUCUGUUCCCAUCCAGGGCUGAACUCAUGGCAGCUGUUUCCCAUGAAGCUAAUAAAACUCUUUCCAAAGUUG